AUGCUGAACACAAUGAUCUCCUCCCUCCAGCGCCAGACAAUGAGAGGUCGUAGGCUGAAGGGGGCGCUGUCCAACCCCCUCUUUGUGCUACUUUUGGCCCUUCAGAUCCUGGUGGUGGCUGGGCUGGUUCGUGCACAGACCUGUCCUUCUGUCUGCUCAUGCAGUAACCAGUUCAGCAAAGUCAUAUGCACCCGUCGCAGCCUACGGGAUGUCCCAGAUGGCAUUUCCACCAACACUCGGUACCUAAACCUCCAGGACAACCUCAUCCAGGUAAUCAAGGUGGACAGUUUUAAACAUCUGCGCCAUCUGGAGAUCCUGCAGCUGAGUAAGAACCAUAUCCGCAACAUUGAAAUUGGCGCCUUCAAUGGGCUGGCCAGUCUCAACACCUUGGAGCUCUUUGAUAAUCGGCUCACAACAAUCCCCAAUGGAGCAUUUGAGUACUUGUCCAAGUUGAAGGAAUUAUGGCUUCGGAACAACCCCAUUGAAAGUAUACCAUCCUAUGCCUUCAACCGAGUUCCCUCGCUUAGAAGGCUGGAUCUAGGUGAGCUGAAACGUCUCUCCUACAUUUCUGACGGAGCUUUCAAGGAUUUGAGCAAUCUGCGGUACCUUAACUUGGGAAUGUGCAACCUCAAGGAGAUCCCCAACAUAUUACCUUUGGUUAGACUUGAAGAGCUAGAAAUGUCAGGAAACCAGCUGUCUGUUGUCAAGCCUAGUUCAUUUACAGGAUUAGUGAAUCUCCAGAAGCUGUGGAUGAUGCAUGCUCAGAUCCAAACCAUUGAGAGGAAUUCCUUUGAUGACCUGCAGUCACUGGUGGAGCUCAACCUGGCUCACAACAACCUUACCUUUCUACCGCACGACCUCUUCACACCAUUGCAUCGCUUGGAACGGGUCCACCUCCAUCACAACCCAUGGAAUUGCAACUGCGAUAUCUUGUGGCUCAGCUGGUGGCUGAAGGAGACAGUACCUGCCAAUACCAGCUGCUGUGCCCGUUGCCAUAGCCCUACCGUCUUUAAAGGUCGCUAUAUUGGGGAAUUGGACCACAGCUAUUUCCAGUGUGAUGUUCCUGUCAUUGUGGAGCCACCCAGUGACUUGAAUGUGACAGAAGGCAUGGGUGCUGAGCUUAAAUGUCGUACAAGCUCCUUGACAUCCAUCAGUUGGCUCACACCAAAUGGCUCGUUGGUGACACAUGGGGCUUAUAAGGUGCGCUUGUCUGUACUCAAUGAUGGGACACUGAACUUUACUAGCGUCACAAUGCAGGACACUGGGACUUACACCUGUAUGGUUAGCAACACAGCAGGCAACAUUUCUGCCUCUGCUGUGCUUAAUGUCACUUCUGUGGAAAAUAGCGGGGUGACCUAUUUUACCACAGUAACCGUGGAGACCAUUGACACCACGGGGGAUGAUAUCCAAACACCACUUCCCCCAUUCGGAUGGGUGUCAUCCUCAACGACAAAAGGUACUCCUGUUUCUACACGGACCACAGAACGGACUUAUACCAUUCCAGUUCUUGAUGUGGAUGGAGAGGGAGCCUUCAAUGGCCUGGAUGAGGUGAUGAAAACCACCAAGAUUAUCAUUGGCUGCUUUGUGGCCAUCACGCUUAUGGCUGCUGUUCUGCUGGUUAUUUUCUACAAGAUGAGAAAGCAGCAUAACCAGCAGGAUCCUGAUGGCCCUGCCUCCUCCAUGGAGGUCAUUACUGUCGAAGAAGAGCUCGCAGGUGUCGCUGCCAUGGAGAGACACCUAUCGCUGCCCCCACUGGAGCACUACAACCACUACAACACCUACAAGAGCACUUAUCAUCACCCUCCAAUGCUCAGUACCAUACACAGCUCAGCCACACAGGAACCUUUACUGAUUCAAGCCUGCUCAAAAGACAAUGUGCAAGAGACCCAAAUCUGA